CUUUCACAGACGCACCGUCCACCAUGGAGGGACUGUCAGCGGCCCGCCGGCGUCCGUCGGAUAACAUGGCGCAGAUGACGCAGGAUCUCGGCUUGGCGUUUUUCCAGAAGCAGCAGCUUAACGCUUCGAUGGCCGACACCUUCCUUGAGCACCUCUGUCUGCUGGACAUCGACUCGGAGCCGCUGACCGCCAGGAACACCAGCAUCGUGUGCACCAUCGGCCCGGCCUCUCGAUCUGUGGAGAUGUUAAAGGAGAUGAUAAAAGCCGGCAUGAAUAUCGCCCGAUUAAACUUCUCCCACGGCUCCCACGAGUAUCACGCGCAGUCCAUUAAAAACGUGCGCGAGGCCACCGAGAGCUUUGCAGCCAAUCCCAUGUUCUACCGGCCCGUGGCCAUAGCGCUGGACACCAAAGGACCCGAAAUCCGUACCGGUGUCUUAAAGGCGGGGGAGAACUCGGAGGUGGAGCUUGUGAAGGGGUCGCUCGUGAAAGUUACCACAGAAGAGUCCCUGCGGGACCAGUGUGAUGAGAAGACCCUGUGGGUGGAUUAUAAGAACAUCAGUAACGUGGUGAGGGUCGGGGGCCGGAUCUUCGUGGACGAUGGACUCCUUUCACUGAUGGUCAGGGAAAUCGGUCCCGAUUACUGCUUGGCGGAGGUGGAGAACGGGGGCAUUCUCUGCAGCCGGAAAGGGGUGAAUCUGCCCGGGGCGGAGGUGGAUCUCCCCGCUCUCUCGGACAGAGAUCGCCUGGACCUGCAGUUUGGGGUGGAGCAGGGAGUAGACAUGGUGUUUGCAUCGUUUAUCCGCAAGGCGCAGGACGUGCGCGCCAUCCGCCAGGCUCUGGGAGACCGGGGUCGGGAUAUCCGCAUCAUCAGCAAGAUCGAAAACCACGAAGGUGUGAAGAGGUUUGAUGAGAUUCUGGAAGCCAGCGAUGGCAUCAUGGUCGCACGUGGAGAUCUCGGCAUUGAGAUCCCGGCAGAGAAGGUUUUCUUGGCUCAGAAGAUGAUGAUCGGGCGCUGCAACCGUGCCGGCAAACCGGUGAUCUGUGCCACUCAGAUGCUGGAAAGUAUGAUUAAGAAGCCGCGUCCGACCCGUGCCGAGAGCAGCGACGUGGCCAAUGCCGUGCUGGACGGUGCAGACUGCAUCAUGCUAUCUGGGGAGACCGCUAAGGGCCUGUAUCCUGUGGAGUCUGUACACAUGCAACACGCGAUCGCGCGGGAGGCAGAAGCUGCCAUCUACAACCAGCAGCUGUUUGAAGAGCUCCGCCGGGUCACCCCUCUCACCCAGGACCCCACCGAGGUGACGGCCAUCGGGGCCGUGGAGGCUUCGUUUAAAUGCUGCGCGGGGGCCAUCAUUGUGCUGACCACGUCUGGGAGGUCGGCUCAGCUCCUCUCUCGUUACCGCCCCCGGGCCCCCAUUAUAGCGGUGACGCGGAAUGCCCAGGUGGCCCGUCAGGCUCAUCUGAACCGCGGGGUCUUCCCCAUCUUAUACCGCGAACCCCAGCAGGAGGUCUGGGCGGAUGACGUGGAUCGCAGGGUGCAGUUUGGCAUCUCCAUUGGUAAGGUCCGCGGCUUCCUGCACAGAGAUGACAUCGUUAUUAUCCUGACGGGAUGGAGACCGGGCUCGGGAUUCACCAACAUCAUGCAGGUGGUGCCGGUGUCCUGAACAGAGGCAUCGGGCCCGGGGAGGAGAGCUGGUGGCCAGCCGCUUCACAUUUCAUAUUAAACAUUUCUGCCCCCCUCCCGCUGUGU